GAGACAAUUACUGAGGCAACCACGGAGAGAUACACACUGAGACCGACUAUGGCUGUGGACGCAGCGUCCAGCUUCAGUUUCUGCCGUGCGUCCCUGGAGCACACAGUGUCUGUAGAGGAGCUCAGCUACCAGCUGCCUCGUCGGCCAGGGGCCAGUCUGACCUGGCACGAUGGGAGGGGGCAGAAGAACACACACACCGUCAAACUACUGCAGCAGCCUGGCACAGAGGGCAUACAGCUGCGUCCAGGCGAAGCCUUCACUGUGUACCACACCAGCCCUACUCUGUCCAGUCUGUCCAAACCAGUGGUUCUGUGGACCCAACAGGAUGUCUGCAAGUGGCUGAAGAAACACUGUCCACACAACUACCUGACCUACGUAGAAGCCUUCUCCCACCAUGCUAUCACAGGUCGUGCAUUGCUGAGGUUGAACGGGGAAAAGUUGGAGAGGAUGGGCAUUGUCCAAGAAACAUUGAGACAGGAGGUUCUACAGCAGGUCCUUCAGCUACAAGUCAGAGAGGAGGUCCGCAACCUGCAGUUGCUCAGCAGAGCCUCCUUUGGAAACAUCUCUUAGCUCAUCCCUCCGUCCGUUUGGCAGCCCUCACUCUCCUCUGCUAUUUCCAGUAGCCAUGGAAGGACCUGCUCACUCCAGAUAUGUGAACGCAGAAUAGGGCUGUGAGAGGAGGGAAGAAAGGAGGGGAGAGAGGACAGAAAAGGAGAGAGAAGAGGAGCCUUUAGACUACAUGCCAAACACACUGAAGGAGGUUUCCCAUUCAACAAGGCCAAACUGGUUUAAAUGAUGAGAGAGAGAGAGAGAGAGAGAGAGAGAGAGAGAGAGAGAGAGGGAGAGAUAGAGAGAGACAGAGAGAGACAGAGAGAGAGAGAGAGAGGGAGGUGCUGAAUACAAGGGCACACACUGUAACAUAGAUAAUAAGAUGUUUGAAAGGAUAUUGACAAUGUAGACAAAUUAGAUCUUAACUACAACAUAUUCCCCCCUUUUUGGUUUAUUGUUUUGUUUUGGGGUGUAGAGAGGAGUAUUGUUACUGAUCAAUAACUGUAGUUCAUUAUGGUGGGUGCAUUACUCCAAGGUUGGUGGAAGGCAAAUGCAGCAAACUACUGAAUGUCAAUGUCUCUGUAUCAUACUCACAUCACAACCCGACUGUUCACAAUGUUUCUUUUCCUCUCAGGAUUUUCAUUUUGGAAUAUGUAUUUAUAGUUUUGAUAGAUCUAAUUAAUACAGUAUACAGUAUAUAUACUAUUGCCUUCAUUAGCACCCUCUCCCCAUAGCACAUUCUCUUCCUUUAAUCUAUUUUAUAAAGCCUUGUCUUCACAAUGUACAGAAUGUCAACCCCCAAAUCAUGUCUUUGUACUGUAAAUGAACCAUGUCUAUGACAAACAUAUACAGUACCAGUCAAAAGUUGGGACACACCGACUCAUUCAAGGGUUUUUCUUUAUUUUUACUAUGUUUACAUUGUAGAAUAUUGGUGAAGACAUCAAAACUAUGAAAUGACACAUGGAAAAAUGUAGAAACCAACAAAGUGUUAAACAAAUCUAAAUAUAUUUUCUAAUUUGGAUUCUUGAAAGUAGCCACCCUUUUCCUUAAUGACAGCUUUAAACACUCUUGGCAUUCUUUCAACCAGCUUCAUGACGAAUGCUUUUCCAACAGUCUUGAAGGAGUUCUCACAUAUGCUGAGCACCUGUUGGCUGUUUUCCUGUCACUCUGCAGUCCAACUCAUUCCAAAUCAUCUCAAUUGGGUCGAGGUCGGGUGAUUGUGGCGGCCAGGUCAUCUGAUACAGCACUCCAUCACCCUCCUUCUUGGUCAAAUAGCCCUUACACAGCCUGGAGGUGUGUUGGGUAUUGUCCUGUUGAAAACAAAUUAUAAUCCCACUAAGUGCAAACCAGAUGGGAUGGUAUAUCUCUGCAGAAUGCUGUGGUAGCCAUGCUGGUUAAGUGUGCCUUGAAUUCAAAAUAAAUCACAGACAAGGUCACCAGCAAAGCACCAUCACACCAUCACACCUCCUCCUCCAUACUUCACGGUGGGAACCACACAUGCAGAGAUCCUCCGUUCACCUACUCUGCGUCUCACAAAGACACAGUGGUUAUUUGGGCUGUAAGCUGAGGUGCAGUUAACUCUAAUGAACUUAUCCUCUGCAGCAGAGGUAACUCUGGGUCUUCCUUUCCUGUGGCGGUCCUCAUGAGAGCCAGUUUCAUCAUAGCGCUUGAUGGUUUUUGCGACUGCACUUGAAGAAACUUUAAAAGUUAUUGAAAUGUUCUGGACUAACGGACCGUCAAGUCUUAAAGUAAUGAUGGACUGUCUCUUCUCUUUGCUUAUUUGAGCUGUUCUUGCCAUAAUAUGGACUUGAUCUUUUACCGAAUAGGGCCAUCUUCUGUAUACCACCCCUACCUUGUCACAACACAACUGAUUGGAUCAAACGCAUUAACGAAAGUAAUUCCACACAUUUACUUUUAACAAGGCAACCCUGUUAAUUGAAAUGCUUUCUAGGUAAAUACCUCAUGAAGCUGGUUGAGAGAAUGCCAAGAGUGUGUAAAGUUGUCAUCAAGCCAAAGGGUGGCUACUUUGAAGAAUCUCAAAUAUAAAAUAUAUUUUGAUUUGUUUAACACUUUUUUGGUUACUGCAUGAUUCAAUAUGUGUUAUUUCAUAGUUUAUGUCUUCCCUAUUAUUCUACAAUGUAGAAA